AUGCCUUGCACUUCCAUACAGACGCCUGUUCCUGACGCAGCCAAAGACGCCAUCAUCUCCAAAUUGCGUCGGCCUGCGAAUUCAGACUCGUUCCCACAGUCCAGCACAAGUGCACCAGCACCUUCAAGCACACCAUCGGAAGAAGAAUCUCAAGGCACAGCAAAGGAUGUCGAAACUGUGUCAAUACAGGAGCACAUCUUCCAGGAACCACGCAAGCGCAUCGUUUCCCCUGCAUCUCUGCACAGGUUCGAGCACUCGGAUACUUUUGCAGAGAUUCUUGCCUUUAUCCGCGUCUGCAACACGAGUGUCGUUGGCAAGACACUGACCGACGAUAUCGAGACAUCACCAACAUGCAAGUCGAUACUCGCUAUCUUGGAUGAGGUGGCGGCAAUUCGCAAAGCAACUCCACCUGAUGCCUCCAUAGGCUCCUCUCGAUUCGGCAACCCCGCUUUCCGCACUUUCUAUGCAAAGAUUCGAGAUAACAACGACAGAUUGCACCGCAUGAUUCCAGGACUCGGAGAUGAUUCGGAAGCAUCCCAAACAGCUCGCGCCGAACUUGGCGUCUACUUGCAAGAGAGCUGGGGCAACGAGAAGAGGAUCGAUUAUGGAAGCGGUAUGGAACUCAACAUGGCUUGUUGGUUGCUUUGUCUUUGCAAGCUACGCACUCUGCGUCUGCCAGAAGAUGGUCCAGCCAUCGUCCUUCGCAUCUUUUGGAGCUACAUUCAGGUGAUGCGAGACAUCCAGUCCUCCUAUUGGCUUGAGCCAGCAGGCAGUCAUGGAGUGUGGGGGCUCGACGACUAUCAUUUCCUUCCCUUCUUGUGGGGAGCUGGCCAACUCAGCAACCACCGACACCUUCGACCAAAGGCAAUUCACGACGCCGAGAUUGUCGAUGAGUUUGCCUCCAGAUACAUGUAUUUGGCUUGCAUUCAGUUCAUCAACUCUGUCAAGACAGCUUCACUGCGCUGGCACUCGCCGAUGCUCGACGACAUUUCAGGUGCCAGAUCAUGGGGCAAGGUCAACCAAGGCAUGAUCAAAAUGUACCAUGCCGAAGUGCUCAAGAAACUACCUAUCGCUCAGCACAUUUUCUUUGGAAGCUUGCUGCGUUUCCCCGAACCUGCUCCAGGCGAGCUUGAGGAUCAAGACACUCAAGAGGAUGCGCACGGACACAUUCAUCCUGCUGGCAAGCCACAUGCUCAUGCCACUGGUCAAGGUCAGGCUGCAGGUUGGGGUGACUGCUGCGGUAUUCCCAUACCCAGCGCAUUUGCAGCAGCGGAAGAGGAGAAGAAGCGCCAACAAGGUUUUAGCUCUACCAUCCGUGGCGAGAAGCCUUUCAGAGCAGGCGUUCGUCGCAUCCCAUUUGAUUGA